AUGGCGAACGUAUUUUGGCAAAGUACCGCGACAUUUUUGCUGAUACUGAUCGUCGCUGUGUUGGCGCAAUAUGAAUGGCAUCCGCGGGAUGCUUUUGAUGAAAUAAGCGCAAUUUACGGGCGUGUUUCAGGCGAUAAUUGUCCGUUACUGCAUUUGGGCGAGCUAUUUAUGCCUGAGGACACUGUCUCGCAUUUGCCUGAUAUCAAAGAAGUCAAUAUCAAUCCUGUCUUUCCAAAUCGAACAAAUUUACUGCAUUUACACAAUAUGGCAUUGAGUCGUGCCUUCUAUUGGAGUUACAUCUUGCAAAGUCGUUUCAUCAGACCUGCCAUUAACGACACCUAUGAUCCCGGAAUGAUGUAUUAUUUCUUGUCAACAGUCGCGGAUGUCGCUGCAAAUCCCUAUAUUAACGCUUCAGCAAUUUAUUUUGCUCCGAAUUCGUCGUUUUCGUCGUCUUACAGAGGAUUUUUCAAUAAAACUUUUCCGAGAUUCGCUCCGAGAACGUUCAGAGAAGAUGAUUUUAAUGAUCCAAUUCAUUUGGCGAAGAUUUCUACAAUGAACACUUUUGAUGUGAGAGAUUUGGGCGCAAUUUCUGAAGAUUCCUUAUCAUCAGAUUAUACGACAGAUUUUUACAGAAUUAAUGAAUGGUAUAAAAUGUGGCUUCCGGAUGAUGUUUUCAAUAGACACGAUACGAAAACGACGUAUCAAGUUGAAAUUCGAUAUGCCAAUAAUACGAAUGAAACAUUCACUUUUCAUGGUCCUCCGGGAGCUGAUGAAAAUCCGGGUCCUGUAAAAUUCACACGCCCCUAUUUCGACUGUGGGCGCUCUGAUAAAUGGUUAGUUGCUGCUGUUGUUCCCAUCGCCGACAUUUAUCCUCGUCACACGCAAUUCCGACACAUCGAGUAUCCCAAAUAUACCGCAGUUUCUGUCGUUGAAAUGGAUUGGGAUACAAUUGAUAUCAACCAAUGUCCUCGCGGAGAAGGAAAUCGCGGCCCAAAUCGAUUUGCUGACACAGCGCGAUGCAAAAAAGAAACAACCGAAUGUGAACCAAUCGACGGAUGGGGCUUUCGAAGAGGCGGAUAUCAAUGUCGAUGUAAGCCUCAAUAUCGCCUUCCGAGCAAUGUAAGAACUCCGUAUUUGGGGGAAAUUGUCGAAAGAGCGACAGCUGAACAAUAUUACAAUAAUUUUGAUUGUUCUCGAAUUGGAUGGGUGCAAAAAUUACCGAUUCAGUAUGAAAAGGCGCCCGAUUAUGUGAGGAAAAAAUAUUUAGAUAUGAAUCCAGAGUACAAAAAUGUCUCGCAAGGACCCAAAGCCAUGCAUACGCCAACUUUGAACAUUCACGAGGCUCUGAAUUUCAUCUGGGGCGUCAAUGAAGUCACUUGUAAGAAUUACCAUCCGCAAGAUUUGAUGUUACAGGGCGAUAUCAGUUAUGGGGUUCGAAGCCAAUUUGAAAAUGAAGCAAAAAUGGCGUUACGUUUAGCGAAUUUCAUUUCGGCAUUUUUGCAAAUUUCCGAUCCGAACGAAGUUUAUUCGGGAAAAAGGAUUGCUGACAAACCCUUGACUGAAGAUCAGAUGAUUGGCGAGACUUUGGCUUUGGUUUUGGGCGAUACGAAGAUUUGGAGUGCCGGGACGUAUUGGGAACGCAAUAAAUUCACGAAUCGAACGUUAUUUGCUCCGUUUGCUUACAAAAAAGAACUUAACACGCGAAAAUUCAAAGUCGAGGAUCUCGCAAGACUCAACAAAACAGGCGAAGAUUACACAAGCAAGCCAUUUUUCCGUCUUUUGAAACAACGAUGGGCCUCAAAUCACGACGCCUUGGAAAAAUAUUGGAUGAAAAUGCGUUUCCGUCACAAUGAGCAAGGAGAAUAUGCGCAAAAAUACGAACAUUUUCCAAAUUAUUACCACGCAGCGAAUCUCGAUCAAGGUCAAUGGUCUGAACCGGUAUUCGAUUGCAAUGGUUUCGUGAAAAAAUGGCUCGUGACGUAUUCGGCGCCCUUUUUCGGAUGGGAUAGUCUUCGGGUGAAACUCGAAUUCAAGGGAGUUGUUGCCGUUUCGAUGGAUAUUCAGCAACUCGACAUCAAUCAGUGCCCUGACGACUAUUUUGUGCCGAAUGCCUUCAAAAAUACGCACAAAUGCGACAAGAAAACGUCGUAUUGCGUGCCAAUUUUGGGCCGGGGCUUCGAUUCGGGCGGCUACAAAUGCGAAUGUUUGCAAGGAUACGAAUAUCCCUUCGAGGAUUUGAUCACGUAUUACGACGGGCAAGUUGUCGAAGCGGAAUUCUUGAAUGUUGUAGAGGAUAAACCGACGAAAUAUGACAUGUACAAGUGUAGAUUAGCUGGAGCGAUGGCAAAUCGAGGAACAGUUGGCGUGAUUUUGAGUUUUCUGGGACUGACGUUCGUUGCGAUGUACAGAUUUCGACGGUAG